CACGAGGAUCCCAAGUUCCCAGCACAAACUGAAGGGGGAGGAGAACCUCGAGUAGCGCAGCCAUGGCGAAGCAGGGGGCGAAGAAGAUGAAGGACGAGAACAGGAAGCGGUUGGAUUUGCUCCUGUGCAUCAUCCUCAUAUCCAACGCUAUUUACAUAGUGGUGAGGAUGGCUAUAAUGCAUUCAUCCUUCACCUGGAAGCAUUGGAUUGGACUUAUGUUAACAUCUGCUGCAUAUUUUCUUCCAUACAAGCAACUUGCCAGUAUGGCCAAGCCAGUUUACUCUGAUAAUGGAGAACUACUGGAAGGUGGCUUCGACUUCGACUUGAGCACUGGUGGGAUCUGCGAGUGACUACAUGAGACAGUG